CCGCGCUCGGAGCUGCACUCACUUUUCGAAGCUACGUCUCUGCGACUGCACAUACGACGCUUUACGAAGAACACCAACUAUGCCCCCGAAAGCGAGUGGCAAAGCUGUGAAGAAGGCCGGAAAGGCCCAGAAGAAUAUUAGCAAGACUGACAAGAAAAAGAAGAGGAAGAGGAAGGAGAGCUAUGCUAUCUACAUCUAUAAAGUACUGAAGCAAGUACAUCCGGAUACCGGAAUCUCCAGCAAAGCCAUGAGCAUCAUGAACAGCUUCGUCAACGACGUCUUCGAGCGUAUCGCCGCCGAGGCGUCCCGCUUGGCGCAUUACAAUAAGCGCUCGACGAUCACCUCUCGGGAAAUUCAGACUGCUGUGAGACUUCUGUUGCCCGGAGAAUUGGCUAAGCACGCUGUAAGCGAAGGCACCAAGGCUGUUACUAAAUACACCAGCUCCAAGUGAACAAUUCCUCUCAAGACCAACGGCCCUUAUCAGGGCCCCAAAUAUA